GAAAAAACAUAGCAAACAUAACGAUGGUCCUGGAUGCCUUUGCGUCCUACGUGCUACACAUGCUGACGGAGAUGGCGAGCAAAGAGGUGCACAUGCUGCUUGGAUUCAGACGCGAGAUCGACAAGAUGGACAUUAAGCUUAGGGACCUCAAGAACUUCCUCGCCGACGCUGACAGGAGAAACAUCACCGACAAGAGCGUGCAAGAGUGGGUGGCCCAGCUCAAGCGUGCCAUGUAUGAAGCUGCUGACAUCCUCGACAUCUGCCAGCUCAAGGCCAUGGAGCGCGGUAUGUCCACUGCAGAUGUGGGCUGCUUCAACCCCUUGCUCUUCUGCAUGCGGAAUCCCUCCCAUGCCCACGACAUCGGCACCCGCAUCAAGGCACUCAACAAGUGGCUCGACGUCAUCAAGGAGCGAAGCGCUGCUUUCAACUUCAUACCUCUUGGUUCCUAUGAGGAUUGCAGCAGCAAGGUCCAUGGCUCUCCUUCUGGCAAUAAGAGACGUGAGACGUCAGGGGAGUUUGAUAGGUCCGGUGUAGUCGGAGAGAAGAUCAAACAAGACACGAGAAAGCUAGUUGAGAUCAUGCUGAGUGAAACGGAGAGCAACACCAACAUCAUGGUAGUCGCCGUUGUUGGGGUUGGUGGAAUCGGCAAGACCACUCUUGCCCAAAAGGUCUUCAACGACGAAGCCUUGAAUGCCGAGUUCGAGAAGAUGAUAUGGUUGAGCGUCAACAAGGACUUCGACAAGGUUGAGUUGCUCAGGACAAUCAUCAUACAAGCCGGAGGAGAACAUGGUGGUGAAAAGGCAUUGGCUGUGCUUCAGCCAAUCCUUGCCACUACCUUGAAAGGGAAGAAGCUAUUCCUGGUGCUAGAUGAUGUUUGGGACCAUGGAGCAUGGGAUGAUGUGCUUAAAACACCCCUGGCUAAUGUUGUGGCUCAAGGUAGUCGAGUCCUCGUCACUACUAGAGAUGAAACACUAGCUCGUAGGAUGAAAGUUGUGCUUCCCUACCACCAUGUGGACAAAUUAGAGGAGGAGGAUGCCUGGUCAUUGCUCAAGAAACAGAUAAUCUCAAGUCAUACAGAUGAACGUGAAAUUGAUAUGCUCAAGGAUAUUGGAGUGCAAAUUUUAGCAAAAUGUGAUGGUUUGCCUCUUGCUGUCAAAGUAAUGGGAGGGCUCUUGUGUCAGAAGGACAAAAUACACCGUGAGUGGGAGAUGGUUCUGAGUGAUUCUAUAUGGUCGAUAUCUGGAAUGCCCGAAGAGUUAAACCAUGCAUUAUAUUUAAGCUACGAAGAUUUAUCUUCUUCUGCCAAACAAUGUUUUCUGCUUUACUCCCUUCUCCCUAAAACUGCAGUGUUCUUUAGAGAUGAAAUCAUUGGCAUGUGGAUCAGUGAAGGAUUUCUUCAUGGGACAUUGGACGAUUUAGAAGAACUAGGAAGCAAGUACUAUAAGGAGUUGAUACUAAGGAAUCUUAUUGAGCCAGAUGCAGAGUUUAUUGAUCAAUCGGUCUGCAACAUGCAUGAUGUUGUUCGCUCAUUUGCUCAAUUUGUGGCUAGAGAUGAGGCACUAGCAGCUCAUAGUGGAGAAACUAACAUUGUUAGUAAACUUAGUGCACAGAAGCUUCUUCGGUUUUCUCUAGAAGAAAAAGCAUUGGAAUCAGAUGUGUUGGACUGGAGUUCUUUGCAAGCACAAAAGACAUUAAGGACACUAAUAUUAGUUGGCCAUAUAAAUAUCAAGCCUCGUGAUUCGUUGGUUCAUUUUCCAUGUCUACGGACUUUACAUAUAGCUUUUUCACAUGUUGUAGCCUUGCUUGAAUCUUUGCAUGAGCUCAAGCACCUGAGGUACUUAUCCUUAGAACACACUGAUAUAUCUAUUCUGCCGGAUAGCAUUGGAAAGAUGAAAUUCUUGCAAUACAUUAGUCUUAGAGGAUGUCAUCAAUUUGUGGACCUUCCACGUAGCAUUGUAAAGUUAGGGCAGCUAAGGCACCUUAACUUCAGUGGAACGAGUAUAAACAACAUACCUAGAGGAUUUUGUGUUCUAACAAAUUUGAGGGCAUUAAGAGGGUUUCCCGCCCGAGUGGAUGGUGAUUGGUGCAGUUUGGAAGAGCUGGGACCUCUUUCUUUUCUCGAGGAUCUUGAAUUUGACGGAUUGGAGAAUAUAACGGAUUCCUCAUCUGCAGCAAAGGCAAAGCUUGGCGACAAGGUGCAUCUUACUAGUCUAUUCUUAAAUUGUGGUAGUAUAUUGGAAGAUGAUGGGCUGAUUAAAGAGGAAGAUUGUGUCUCUGAGGAAAAGCAACAACAAAUCGAGAAGGUGUUUGAGGAGCUCUGCCCUCCACCCAGGUUAGAAAAUCUUGACAUCAAAGGGUAUUUUGGUCGAUGGCUCCCAAGGUGGAUGAUGUCAUCGUCGGCUGUGGCCCUCAAGAGCUUGAGGAUUCUGUUCAUUACUGACCUAGCUUGCUGCAAACAGCUUCCUGAUGGAUUGUGCCAGCUCCCAUAUUUGGAGUUCAUUCAGAUCAACCGUGCUCCAGCCAUCAAGCGUGUUGGACCUGAAUUCACGCAGUCCUACCAUCAACAUAGUCCUCGUCCUUCCCAGAUGGUGGCUGCAUUUCCGAGAUUGGAAAAGAUUAAAUUAAUAGGAAUGGUGGAAUGGGAGGAGUGGGAGUGGGAGGAGCAAGUGCAAGCCUUUCCUGUCUUGCAGGAACUUAUGCUAAAGCAAUGCAAGUUGAAGUGUCUUCCUCCCGGGCUUGCCUCCCAGGCAAGGGCUUUGAAUACGUUAUACAUAUACAAUGUCCAGGGUCUCAUCUCUCUAGAGAACUUUCCAUCUCUGGUCCUGCUGGAACUGGAUGAAAACCUUGACCUGGAGAGGAUCACUAAUCUUCCCAGACUGCAGGAGCUUACCAUCCUAAACUGCACAAAGCUAAAGGUGUUGGAAGGUGUUCCUGCGCUCCAUAGGCUCGUUCUUUCAUAUAACGACAUGGAAACAAUCCCAGAAUACAUGAAAGGUAUAAACCCAAGGCAUUUGGAGCUAUACUGCAGCCUAGCACUGCUCGUUUCCAUAGCUGCGGGACAAUCUGGCUCUGAGUGGGACAAGUUCGGCCAUGUUGAGCAUGUCAAGGCAUAUGCACGCGAAGGAGGUAAUUCAAGGAAAUGGUAUGUCUUCUACACAGCUAAGCCAUAUAGCUUGGAGACAAAUGUCAGCCACUCUUUCAUGCUCAAAGGAACCUUGACUUCUUUUGACGACGCACAAGGAUUCGAGUCUCUCUUCAAAAUGACGAGAAAAACUUUUAGCUACAUCAGCAGCUUGGUGAUGGGUCCAUCAAUGGAAGAUAUGAACAACUACACCUUUGUUGACGGGAGGGUGCUGUCUUUAGAAGAUCGGGUAGCCAUUUCUCUUAGAAGAUUGCAGUCCAGUGAGCCAACAGAGAGCAUAGCAUCCUCUGUUGGUGUGAACGAGUCAAUCAUCUUGUUGGUAACUGAGAGGUUCGUUGAUACUGUGUGGGAGCGGGCAGACCACCACUCAAGCGGGCCAGACUGCAGUGAGAAGGAUGAAAUCAAAUCCAAGUUUGACAAGAUCCACAAUAUGCAUAACUGUUGCGGGGUUAUAUGUACAACUCACAUCCCAUUUGGACCAAACUGCAACCAUGAGAAGAAUGACAUCGCUGUAAUCCAAUUCAUUGUUGAUGCAACGAAGAGGUUCAGAAACAUUUGGUUGGGACCAGCAGGUAGCAUGAACAAGUCGAGCCUUUUGAAGAACUCUGAAAUCUUCAAGGAGUGUGCGAAGGGCGGUUGGCUGAAUGGCAACAAGCUGAAAGUGGCAUUAGAUGGAUCAGAAGUCGGGGAAUACAUAAUUGGUGAUGCGGGAUACCCUCUUCUUCCAUGGCUACUCACACCUUACCAGGAAGAAGGCCUCUCAGAUUCCAUGGCAGAGUUCAAUAGGAGACAUUCUGCAGCCACAACCUGUGCUCUGAAGGCACUCGCAAGGCUCAAAGACACAUGGAAGUGCCUGCAAGGAGAGACGUGGUGGCCAGCCAAUCUGGAAACUCGAAGUAAAAUAAUAUAUGCUUGCUGCAUGUUGCAUAACAUAGUCAUAGAAAUGGAGGAUGAUGCAGCCAUGCUGAGCACCAAGCGGAGGAAUUACUCCAAGGAAGUGCGCCAGAUAGCAAAGGAGGACGCUGCCAGGGCGAGGGAUAUGCUGUCACAAUACUUCUUGGCUAGCAGGUCAUCUGAAUCUGGAGAGGAGGGUGAUGAAGCAGCUUCAUCAGGCUCAGGAGGUGAAAGCAAGAAACAAGAAAAGCAGGCAAGAACAACAGAUGAAGAGAUAUCAGUAUUAACUAGGUGAAAGAGGGAGCUACAUCCCUGCUGGAUGUGAUUGGAGCUUUUGAAUGCAUGAAAGCAGAGCAGACGUGGUGAAAGGGAAGCCUACUUUCACGCUGCAGCUUGAACUGUAGCUAAACAUUAUUUUUAAGUUAUGCCCAUCUACUCUAUGUGUCAAAGACAAGUGUUGUCAUGUAGUCUGUACUUGGUGGAUGGGCAGUAAGCUUUUGUAGUUAGCAACUAUACUAUGCGUGGAAACAUGAAACUUCUUGAUAUGUUUAUACAUGCAUGAAUGCAGAGCAGACGUGGUGAAAGGGAAGGCUACUUUGACGCUGCAGCAUGAACUGAAGUUCAACAUUCUUUUUCAAUUUUGGUCAUCUAUUUAUCCAGAUAAGAAAAGUGUUAUGCAGUGGAUGGGCAGUAAGCUCUUGUGUGUCAGAAAAAAUGACAAUGUAGUGUACAGUAGCCUCUUUGGAGACUAUCUGUAUUUAUGACAUACGUAUGUUUGUGCUAGUAAUUAUCCAUUGUGGGAACUUUUGAUGAAUUCCCUAAUGCAACAAUAAUGAAUAGA